UUCGGCUGCACAACACAGCAACAAAAGAAUGUCAGUGCUGGUUUGUACUUUUGCCCUUUCAACCACGUUCAUGAACCAAUUGUAUUACAGUUUAGUGAGAGGUGGAGACGGUGGGUCACACCGUAGUCUGUAAACAUGUCUUCGACAGAUGGUAGCAAUGGCCCGAACCAAGCCGCUCCUUUCCCAGUUGUCCCACCUUCAGGGAUGCCACCACCCUUUAUGGGACCGCCAGGAAUGCCGCCUCAUUUCCCGCCCAUGGGGAUGCCGCCGAUGGGACAGAGGCCUCCGAACAUGGCCCCCAUGCCGCCGGCGAUGAUCCCGCCCAUGAUGCCGCCGAUGGGCGGGCCUCCGAUGGGACAGAUGCCAGGCAUGAUGCCACCGAUGAUGCCCGGGAUGAUGAUGCCACCCCGCAUGCCAGCUGGGCCGAUGCAGCCGACGGGACCGCCUGGUGUAAGCCCAGUGGACACUUCUGCCACGGUGGCACCGGGAACAAUGCUCAGCACUCCGACUGGCGGCUCCCCUCAGGAUGACCAGCCUAAGAAGAAGUCGGUGUGGACGGAGCACAAGUCAUUGGAGGGGAAGACGUACUACUACAACACAGAGACCAAGCAGUCCACCUGGGAGAAGCCGGACGACCUGAAGUCCCCAGCAGAGCAACUGCUGUCAAAAUGUCCCUGGAAGGAAUAUAAAUCGGACACGGGAAAGCCGUACUACUACAACUCUCAAACCAAGGAGUCCCGCUGGACCAAACCUAAAGAGCUGGAAGAUCUAGAAGCUAUGAUAAAGGCUGAAGAGUCUGGGACACCUGAUCCAGCUGCAGCUGCUGUUGCUGCGGCGGCGGCUGCUGCUGCCGCCGCCGCCGCCGCCUCUGCUGCCGCCGCCGUUGCCACGGCCACCACGGUCACCGCCGCACCCACCGCGCAGCCGGAGGCCGUCGUCGCCAUGACGACGGCGUCCGAGGCGGAGACAGCCGCCCCGGCCGUCGCCGAGGAGCAGCUGACCCAAGCGCCCGUCCAGGUGGCCGAGGUCACGGCGGACACGCCCGUCAACUCCGCCGAGGACACGCCCAGCAUGGAGGCCCCGCCCGGGGAGGCCCCUAAGAAGGAGGAGCGGCCAGAGCUGGUGAAGAAGGUCUACAAGUGGAACACCAAGGAGGAGGCCAAGCAGGCCUUCAAGGAGCUCCUGAAGGAGAAGGGCGUGUCAUCCAAUGCCUCGUGGGAACAGGCCAUGAAAAUGAUCAUCAAUGACCCACGCUACAGCGCGCUACCUAAACUGAGCGAGAAGAAGCAGGCCUUCAACGCAUACAAGGUCCAGACGGAAAAGGAAGAGAAGGAGGAGGCCAGGAUUAAGUACAAGGAGUCCAAAGAGACCUAUCAGCGCUUCCUGGAGAACCACGAGAAGAUGACCUCCACCACCAGAUACAAGAAAGCAGAGCAGAUGUUCGGCGAGCUGGAGGUGUGGAGCAUCGUUCCUGAGCGGGACCGUCUGGAGAUCUACGAGGACGUCUUGUUUUACCUGGCCAAGAAGGAGAAGGAACAAGCCAAGCAGCUGAGGAAGAGGAACUGGGAAGCGCUGAAGAACAUUCUGGACAACAUGGCCAACGUGACGUACCGCACCACCUGGUCCGAGGCGCAGCAGUACCUGCUGGACAACCCCACGUUCGCCGAGGAUGAGGAGUUGCAGAAUAUGGACAAGGAGGACGCGCUGAUCUGCUUCGAGGAGCACAUCCGCACCCUGGAGAAGGAGGAGGAGGACGAGAAGCAGAAGUCCCUCCUGCGGGAGAGGCGCAGGCAUCGCAAGAACCGGGAGGCCUUCCAGAAAUUCCUGGACGAGCUGCACGACCACGGGCAGCUCCAUUCCAUGUCGGCCUGGAUGGAGAUGUACCCCACCAUCAGCUCCGACAUCCGCUUCGCCAACAUGCUGGGCCAGGCGGUUUAUGCCGACUCUUCUAUAGGCUCCACCCCUCUGGACCUGUUUAAGUUCUACGUGGAGGACCUGAAGGCGCGCUACCACGACGAGAAGAGAAUCAUCAAGGACAUCCUGAAGGAUAAGGGCCUCACUGUGGAGGUGAACACCGCUUUUGAGGAGUUUGGCACAGCGAUCAGCUCCGAUAAAAGAGCCACAACGCUGGACGCCGGCAACAUCAAGCUGGCCUUCAACAGCUUACUGGAGAAAGCCGAGGCGCGGGAGAGAGAGCGAGAGAAGGAGGAGGCCAGGAAGAUGAAGAGGAAAGAGGCCGCCUUCAAGAGCAUGCUGAAGCAGGCCACCCCGCCCCUCGAACCCGAGUCCACCUGGGAGGGAGUGCGGGAGAGAUUCCUGAAGGAAUCCGCCUUUGAGGACGUCACUCUGGAGUCGGAAAGGAAGAGGAUCUUCAAGGACUUCAUUCAUGUUUUGGAGCACGAGUGCCAACACCAUCAUUCUAAGAACAAGAAGCAUUCAAAGAAAUCCAAGAAACAUCACAGAAAGAGGUCCCGAUCUCGCUCGGGCUCCGAGUCUGAAGACGAUGACUACCACUCAAAGAAGAAGAAGCGGUCGCAGUCCAAGUCCCCGUCAGAGCGCUCCUCCAGCGGUGAAUCCGAGAGAAGCUACAAGAAAUCAAAGAAGCACAAGAAGAAGGCCAAGAAAAGGCGACACAAGUCGGCCUCCCCCGAGUCCGAGGGCGAGAGGGACAAGAAGGGCAGGGACCGCGACAGAGACCGGGAGAGGGAGAAGGAGAAGGAGCGGGAGAAGGAGAAGGAGAACGACCGGUCCAGGGGGAAACCUCGCUCCGAGUCCAAGCAGAAGUCUCCCAAGAGAAAGCCGGGGAAGGAGGAGGACGGCUGGGACACCUCGGGGAGCGAGCUGAGCGAGGGGGAGCUGGAGAAGAGGAGGAGGACCCUGCUGGAGCAGCUGGACGCGCCCUGAGACCCCCCCCUCCUCCCAGCCCCCUGGCGCGCACGCCCCCCCACCCCCCACAACCCCCCCGACGCCACACUGUCACACGUUCUGCAUUCCCAUGAUUUAGCGCUGUACCCUUCAGAGCGAGCUACGCGGAGCGCGCUAGCCAAUCCCUUGGCAAAGCAGAGGCCACCUUUAAACAGGAGCGCGCAGGACACGGGAAGUGCUCGCAUGCUUAGCGACGGCUACUUUUAAUGUCUCAGAGUCCAGAUGAACGUUAUUUUUGUUAUUCCUUUUUGUAUUAAAAAAAUUUAAAAAAAGAUAAAUAAAAUUCCCGGCGGCAGAGUUUUACGUAGUUGCGCGUUCGUUUCGAUUAGCGAAGGUUUGAGUGGACGCGCGCGUGUUCACGGGGAGCGCUGGGCGGCUGUGUCAAAGCUGCAGCGUCACCAGCGUCUUCAUAAACCCAGAACACACUGCUCCUUCACACUGGGGGGAGCGAGUGGUCUGCUCUUCUGCUCAAAAACACGACAGCUGGUUUCUUUUUUUUCCCCCUUCCAAUUGCAAGUGAAUAGCCUUUGUUGUAUUGAUGGCCUUUGCUCAUUGUAACUAAUGUCUGAAGCGAAUUCCUCCGGUUGUCUCAACUCUUGACGAUUCAGAUUCAGACAGAACAGAACUGAAGUCGAUGCUUAUUGAUUUAAAAGAUGUAAGGCUCGUGCUAUUUCAUUUUUCUUUUUAAACGAUAGUAUCCGCCGGACGCGAUUCCGACAGGAUUAAAAUGUGAGGAAACGCAUUUGGAUAUUUUUAUUUGUUGAUUUUUGCCCCCUUUGGAGAGCUUGUGCAUGUUAAUGUACAACCGUGUAGCUGCAGUCUGUCCAAAUAAAGAAUUCUGACUUCCUGUCUCACACUGAUAAAAAAAGGCACCCGUGUUCUGGGUGGAUGUUCUUUGUUGAUGUAAAUUUAAAAGCAACAUUGUGGAUAAUAAACUCCAGAUACCA